AUGAGGGAAUGGGUCGAAUUUUCCCAUCUUAACUUCGACCCAGAACUCAUAAAACACCUGAAACUAUUUGGAUUAAAAGCAAUGAAACCGUUCCAGUAUAUCAUUGGGAAGUGUCUAAUUGAUGCACUGGGUUCAAUGGAAGCCUCAUCGGGCAAAGCUGUGGCAUCGAAAUAUAUUUUUCACAACACCGAGGGCUCGGGAAGGUCAAUAGGGUACAUCCUUCCCCUGCUCCAUCUUUAUGCGAGGAAAGAAGAGCCAAACAAAAUCCGUGAUGGCUCAUUGCAAGGAUCGACACUGAUAGUGAUGAAGGAUGGGCAGGCAAGUCGAAGUUUGGGAUCAUUAAUCACAGCAAUGAACCCGGCAGUGAAUUGUUUGGUUCUUGACGCUCUGCAUGACAUUGAUGAUGAACGUGGCCAGGGGAAACAUAGCAUACGCUCGAGUAUGCGGGGAGGUGACCACAAAGCAUCUGUUAUAAAUAAGAUUUCCACUUUUAAUGAGAUAUCUGCCACCCAUACUGUGAACAAUAUUCUCGUUAUUUCCCUAGGUAGGCUACGAACACUUCUAACCUCCAAGUCGGCGGGAUUUUCGCCAGCGAGAUUAAAACUCAUAUCGUGUGUUAUAUUCGACGAUUUAACGAGUUAUCUGGAGCAUGGAGGUGUUGUAGCGGAUCUGUGCCGACGUAUCCGGAGUGCCAAACGAGCGCUAAAGAUUACGAAGUCCAUGAGUGAAGGCGGUAGCACUCCUAAUGCUAAUGAGGCAGCCUGCCGACCUGUGGAUGUCAACGAUGUGCACGUCGUUUGUGUCGUUGACUCUUUGGGAGAGACAUUUUGCAGAUAUGCUGCAGACCACCUAGGGGGAUACUGGGUUUACGAUUUCAAAAACGGUACAAAACAAAGAUUGGUUGGUGACGGAAAGACCGAUGCGGUACGCCUCGAGGUCGACCUUGAGGAGCCUCCCGAAAUUGUGAAUGUUGCCGGAGGCGAUAGAAGCGAAAAAUCUAACCUUCCCAUAGAACAUUCUAUAUGCAAAGUAGUUGGUGGAAAGAGUAAGCGUGAACGCAUAUAUGCCCUGCAGUGCCUGGUAUAUCACUAUUUGAACCUGCCCACAUUCCAAAUGCGGCAGCUGUUGCCACAAAUGCUCAAAAGACCACGAUCUGCUAAUCAGUGUAUCAUAUUUGUUGCAAAUAGGUCGCAACAACGGCAGUUGUGCGCGCUAGAAUGCUUCAGGGAUACAGCAGCGAGGCUGGGCAGCGAUCUUACCGUGCAGGAGAGAGCUGCCAACCUAAACAGCUUCAGGGAUGGAAGUCGACCAAUCAUGAUCGCAACAGACGCAUCGAUAUCAGGUUGUGUGUUUGACAAUGUCCUAUACGUGAUCAACUAUCACCCGCCGAAAUCCGCUGAGGUAUACCGUGGAAGGGCAGCCAUAGCCGGCAAGAAUUCCAACUCCCUAUGCAUUACACUCUACAGUAAGGAACAGUAUUCUGGAUUUUGUAACGUGUUAAAGACACUUGGUAAGCGUGUUUCAAUACAUGUUCCGCCAUCACGUGAUUACAUGCUUCGGUUCAAUGCCGCGUGGCUGGAGAAGUUCGCCAGCGAACUUGUUGAAUUGAAUCCCUCUUUCAUCGCACCAUUCCAGGCCAAAGCGCAGGGGUUGCUUUGCAAGUAUACCAGGGACGAACUGAUUAGUAAAUCGCUGGCCCUUCUAUUGGGUGACGGAUGUGGUACUCCGAUAACUGACACAUCAAUACUUUCCGGUCGGCGUGGCUUCACAGCGGUCACUGUCUUCGACGGAGGAUCUGAUUUCACGAUGUCAACUGACGAUCUUAAGCGUCUUGUACAAAGAUUAUUGCCAGACGUUAACGUUGCUAUGGUAAUGGGAAGAUACGCAAGAACCGAGAGUGGUUACGUGAUCGAUGUGGCAACCGAACACGUUGCCGCACUGCUGGAAGCUACAGCAGACGAACCCAACGUAUGUUUCGAAGUGUCGAGACAAUUACCUCGUAUGCUGAUCGGGGUAGAAUCAAGUUUGCACAAGGCAAAAGGUCACAUGAGUAAGUUGCCGUGGCGGCGAUACAAGAUUCGCCGCCUGCAACUGCAGAAACGGAUGGUAUAG